AUGCACCGGCCAGAAGAAUUGACCAUUUACAGCAGGAACGACUACAUCCAACUAACCCAUCCAGCAGGACUCUUGAUUAAUGGUACAUUUACCCACGGAUCGGGACCACAAAUCAUAAAACAGAUAUCCAUCCAACUCGACAUCUCAAGGACGUACUCUACCUCUCUGUCUGCACUUCCAUCCUCACUCACAUCUCUCCUGCAACUCAAGACAGAUGAAGACACAUUGCAGUACUUUAAUGAUGAUAUCGGCGGGAGAAUCUUCCCGUCUCUUCGAUUUCUCAAACUCACGCCGUUAUCCGCUAAAUCUGUGAAUGAUCUAGAGCACUUGUGGGAGUUUUUGAAUCAGCAGCUUUGUGGAGGGUCCCCGGUCUCUGUUCUCGACUUGACACGUCUGCGGCCAUUGCAAGUCUAUGGUAUAGCUGUAAAUUAUAUGGAGAGUAGAGUCGGUCUGGCCAAGAUGAGGUGGGUCCUCCCACAACGUGUACCCAUGUCACUUGGGCAACUCGAAGAGAGCGGGAGGUUGGACGCGUUCCGCUCCAGGAAAGCUGACCUGCUUCGUCAGGAAACACAGAGCGUUGAUAUUGACGAGGCGGCAGUUGUUUUUUCUUUCGACAUUAUGAGCAAGGAUAUCAUGAUAUGGGAUUGCUAG